AUGUCGUGGCAAGCUUAUGUCGAUACCAGCCUUGUGGCUACCGGUCACAUUGACAAGGGCGCCAUUAUCAGCGCAGCCGGUGACAGCGCCUGGGCUGCUUCGACCGACUUCCAGCUUAAGCCAGAAGAGAUGAAGGCCAUUUCUGCUAUUGUCGGCGGCGACGAUGCCGCCAAGGACAAAGCCUUCGCGGAAGGUCUCUACAUUGCCGGCGGCCGAUACGUUUUGGCCCGAGCCGAUGGUCGGAGUAUCUAUGCCAGACAGGGUCGAUUGGGUGUUGCUAUCGCCAAGACCAAGCAGGCUAUUGUUGUUGGCCACCACGGCGAGACUGGAGUCGCUGGAAAUGCUAGCUCGACCGUCGAAGGACUGGCUGACUACCUUAUUGGUCAGGGAUACUAG